AUGGACGAGGUGUUGACCAUCAUGGAAGGCGACGGGAGCCUUCCAGCCAACACCAACGACUUCGCAGGCAGGAGUGGCGCCAGCCGCCACGCACGCCACCAUCAGUUCACAGUUCUGGCGGCUGCUUGGUCCCCAGACGACGAAGCCGACAAGGAUAAGGACAAGGGCGACGACGACGACGACAAGAAUGACGAGGCCGUUCGGAGCUCUGCCUUUUGGGGCCCUGCAGGGAAUUCCGCUUCUCUCCCUACUGCGCCCAGGCUUCAAAGGCGUUUGCGGACCAACCACCAUCAACACCACGCCAUCACCGACAAGAUGGACGCCACCCAGGCACUUCGCGACCAGGUCACCCUCGUCCUUGACAACUACCUUCCUGGUGGUAAACCCCUCUCUACCGAAGAGAACCUCGCCGACGGCACAGCAGAAGCACGAUCUGCGAAAAAUCCAGCGAGGGUCCUAGAACGACCUUUCGCAAUCUCAACGUCGUAUUGCUGUGCCGGUCGAGUCUGA